GGCGGGUCUUCCCUGUCGGUAUCCUGGAGAAGCCGCCAUGACUCCAUGAUAUUCGCCGCUCCGCUUCGGGAGAAAGGUCGAGGCAGCUCGGCCCACGGGUAUGGAUGCUGUUCCUGGUUCUUCUACUGAACACCAAGACUCUGAUAACGAUUCUGACACAGAGAGCAAAGUAGAUCCAGAUACCCAGGCCCAGGAAUACUUUGAACGUGUUCUUGGAUCUUCAAGUCAGUCUAGUCAGGCAUCCCAGUGCCUUCCUCCCACAUCUCUCUCAGUAUGUGAUAGGGCCCAAGUAUCAGAUAACAGGUCUCCUCCUCUGGAACUGAAAAAGUCUCCUGUUACUGAUGAUACAGCUUCAGGGCUGUUAUCCCUUCCUCUGGAGCUGAUCUUGGAGAUCUGUUCCUACCUGCAGCCCAGAUUUGUCCUGGGUGUCCUUCCUUUGGUCUGCAAGACACUGAGGGACAUUCUGCAGGAUGAAGUCACUUGGAGAAUUCGUCUGCUGAAGAGGAUCGACAGCAGCUAUCCAGUUGUGGAAGCAGAUGAUGCCUUUAACUGGCCAGCUGCCUGCAUUGAACUAGAGGAGCACCUCCAACAAUGGGCAGAAAAUGGCAGGAACACAGAGCACUUUUCCCUUGCUGAGGGACACUUUGCAUCAGUUGACUCUGUGCUGCUGCUCCAGGGUGGGAAGCUCUGUGUCUCAGGUUCUCGGGACCGAAAUGUCAAUUUGUGGGACCUGAGAGAGCUGGGCAGAGCACCAGAAAAAGUGCUGGUGAAGGCACUGGGGACAGAGCGCAGUGGCACACACAAGGGAUGGGUAUGGUCACUGGCUGCAAGAGAUGACCGUGUGUGCUCUGGCUCCUGGGACAGCACAGUUAAGCUGUGGGACAUAGCUGCUGAUGGACAACAGUGUGGAGAAAUCAAAGGAAAAGCAGCUGUGCUGUGCCUUUCAUAUCUGCCUGACAUUCUAGUCACGGGAACCUAUGACAAGAAGGUGUCAGUGUAUGACCCUCGAGCUGCACUAGCCCCAGUGAAGAGUCGCAAGCUUCAUUCCAGUGCAGUCCUAUCACUUGCAGCUGAUGAGCGCUUCAUUCUCUCCGGCAGUGAGGACCGAACACUGGUGUGUUUCGACAGGAGGGCCAACAGUGUCCUCCAGAGGCUACAGCUGGACUCUUACCUUCUCACCAUGUCAUACCAUGGUGCUCAGCUAUGGGCUGGAGACAACAAUGGGCAGCUGUACGUCUUUGAAAACAAAGGAGGGUGUUUCCAGCACAUCCGGUAUUUCGAUGUGGGUCACCGCUCUCAGAUUACGGGAAUCCAACAUUCACUGGGUGCACUUUACACAACUUCCACUGACAAGACAUUGCGUAUCCAUGUUCCCACAGAUCCACCCAAGGUCAUCUGUUCACAUACACACAGCUGUGUGCUAAAUGGGAUCAGUGUUGAAGGAAACAUGGCCGUCGCUGCUUCUGGUGGUGUCUCUUUAGAGGUCUGGAAGCUCAGUGUGUGAUGAGUCAGUGAUCCACACUUGCAAACACAAGUGCCAAGUCUCAGACAACCUGCCCCCAGGGUCCCGGUGCCCAUUGAGUUGUUGGGUUUUUGUUUUGUCUGCUCUUUGGAGCUGUGAGGUUAGGGGUGGAGGUUCAGCCUUUACUUGUCCCAGAUAGCUUGUAACCAAGAGUCAUGCUCCUAAAUUAGUGGACCUCUACAUGUCCAAACCCUGUCAGCUGCUCACUCCCAUUUCUCUUGUGUAUAUGCACAUGUAUCCAUAUUCCUCAUCCACUUGAGCUGUCACUGCCACACUCAGCCUUAAGGAGAGCAGCACCACUGAGUGGCAUGGUCAGUGAAGAGAACUAGCUGGCCCUUCAGGUGAAAGGAUAUUAUCCUAAAGGCACAGCUCUGAGCCAGAGGAAUGUCAGCUCAAGGGAGGGCGGAGUUUCCCAUCAGGUUAAAAGCACCCUCUAGUGACCCAGUUCUGAUCCAUGUUUACAGCUUUAAAUUAAAGAUGUUCUGCCACAAUGGCUGAUCAGGA